AUGGACGACUCAGAUCGCAUCCUAUACUACCUCAAAGACGUACCGUCGUUCAAGCAUCUCCCCGACCCACACGCCUAUCAUCGAUUCAAAGAUAUCAACACACUCCCUGCUAUUGGCGACUUCGUCGUCUGCUCGAUCGAUCCUGUGGCUUCGGUGGCGCAUCUCGACGAAGCGGCCCGUCAAGCAGUGCGCCGGAUGUGUCCACGACGAUACAUCGCGUUUGUCAUGGAGUCUCAUGGACUCUCUAUCGGUCAUGAACCGGUCAACGCUUACGGCUUCACCUUCGUGCGUCAGGGCCCACCGCGCGCGACGCAACCAGGUCAAAUCGUCUUCCGCGACUAUUGCAUCCCCGUACUUUCAAAUACCACUCAUCCCACGGGUCGCAAGCCUCUUCGUCCUGCCCUUCCUCUUCCUUGGCCCGACUGCUAUCUCGAUACCCAUAAUGAUUUCAACUUUACUCAAGUUCGCGUCUCGUCCACUCCUCGUGACUACACCUGCGUCCUCCCGUGUGCCAGGGAAGAAAUACUGGAUGCAAAGGAGAUGAUGGCCAACGACUGUGUGAUAUUCGACCGCAGAACAGACGAUAUGCAGGAGGGAGUACUCGAAGCCAUCGACGCCGUUGCACUACCGCCGUCGCCCACUUCCGCCUUCAAAAUUCCCCUGCCACCUUCGCCGAUGAUUUUGAAGGCGAAACUUCCCGAAGCCGUAGCUCAUACACAUACGGGCCUGGGUGUCACUCCUGCGGAACUUGACAUGACUGAAGACGACGUCUCGAUCAUCGCCAGCGACGAUGCGACGUCCGUGAUCCAAGACAGCCAAUCUACGCCCGUCUCGGAUGUUGAUAUAGGGCUAUUGAUGCACCUCGAGACCCUAUUCGACACGUCCGGAUAUGUCAACGAUCCCGUCGUCGAUAUAUGGUACGAUCUUGACAUGGUGCCCGAGGUGAUAGACCCCGUCUACUUCUUUGAAGAGCGGGCUCAAGUCAGGCGGAUCAUCUCAAAUGCAGAGGCUCGAUUGGGCAUUACACAGGCUCGUGAAGAGGCGGCCGCCAAAAGCGAAGGCUUCAAUCCUUUCCGUCCUAGCGAAGUACCAAAUGCUACUGUCGAGGCGGAGGGAAUGGAUAUCCCAUCCGUGGAGUUUCUAGAUGCAAGGUCGCGCCCCAACAGCAAGUCAAAUCCCUUCGCACGUUCAACCGGCAUCUUGAGGCCGCUAAGCUUCAUACGGAGGGGCUUUGAUUUCGUGUGUGCUUUGGCUUGUAACACUGCCAGAGCGCACGAUACGCUGGAUUGA